AGUGAACGGCGAUUGAACGACACACGUUCAGAGAGAGAGAGAGAAGCACCACUGCCUCUCCUCCACUCGAAUAGCCUACAUAUCUUGAGGCCUGGUUCCUAGUGCUCUCUGGACAGAAAACGCAUUACACCGCGGCAUUUUUUUUCAUAGAAUAACUAGGCUACUAUACGGAUACAUCCAAUAUAAAUUCACUUGAAGACGGAUUUAUUUUGGGCGCACAAACCCCGCGAAUAAACGGAAGAUGGCAGUGACUACCUGUACACGUUUUACGGACGAUUUCCAACUAUAUGAAGAACUCGGAAAGGGAGCAUUUUCAGUGGUGCGCCGCUGUGUCAAACUUUGUACCGGCCAGGAAUAUGCUGCCAAAAUCAUCAAUACCAAAAAGCUCUCAGCCAGAGAUCACCAGAAGCUGGAGCGGGAAGCCAGGAUCUGCAGAUUGCUCAAACACUCCAAUAUCGUUCGUCUCCAUGACAGCAUAUCAGAGGAGGGCUUCCACUACCUUCUGUUUGACUUAGUGACAGGUGGAGAGCUGUUUGAGGACAUUGUGGCCAGAGAGUACUACAGUGAAGCAGAUGCCAGUCACUGCAUCCAGCAGAUCCUGGAGGCUGUGUUACACUGUCACCAGUCGGGCGUGGUACACAGAGAUCUCAAGCCAGAGAACCUCCUGCUGGCCAGUAAGUGUAAGAAUGCUGCAGUGAAGCUGGCUGACUUUGGAUUGGCCAUCGAGGUGCAGGGAGACCAACAGGCAUGGUUCGGUUUUGCAGGUACCCCAGGCUACCUAUCUCCAGAGGUACUGAGGAAGGAGGCUUAUGGUAAACCUGUAGACAUCUGGGCUUGUGGUGUGAUCUUGUACAUCCUGCUAGUGGGGUAUCCUCCAUUUUGGGAUGAGGACCAACACAAACUCUAUCAGCAAAUUAAAGCAGGAGCUUAUGACUUUCCGUCUCCAGAAUGGGACUCAGUGACUCCAGAAGCCAAGAACCUGAUUAACCAGAUGUUGACCAUUAACCCUGCCAAGAGGAUCACUGCCCAGGAGGCCCUCAAACACCCAUGGGUCUCCCAACGCUCCACCGUGGCGUCCAUGAUGCACAGACAGGAGACAGUGGAGUGCCUGAAGAAGUUCAACGCCCGGAGGAAACUCAAGGGAGCCGUCCUAACUGCUAUGCUGGUGACGAGGAAUUUCUCUGGUAAAUUCGGUAGACAGUCUACAUCUCCUGCGUCAAUCACUACUGUUCCUGCAACUGCUGCUGGGAUAGUGGAGCAAGCCAAGAGUCUCCUCAACAAGAAGGCUGACGUCAAGCCUAACAGCACGAGAAACAGCACAGUCACCAGCCCCAAGGGAACCCCCUCUGCUGCACUGGAGCCUCAGACCACUGUUAUCCAUGUGGAUAGGAACAAGGAUUCAUCUGACAGCAACACCACUAUUGAGGAUGAGGAUGUGAAACUGCGAAAACAGGAGAUUAUCAAGAUCACUGAGCAGCUGAUUGAAGCUGUCAACAAUGGAGACUUUGAGGCCUAUGCGAAGAUCUGUGACCCAUGUCUGACGUCAUUUGAGCCAGAGGCCCUGGGGAACCUAGUGGAGGGCAUGGACUUCCACCGGUUCUACUUCGACAACCUCCUGUCUAAGAACAGUAAGCCCAUCCAUACCACAAUCCUCAACCCUCACGUCCACCUGAUUGGUGAAGACGCCGCCUGCAUCGCCUACAUACGCCUCACGCAAUUCGUCGACGGCACUGGCCGCCCAUGCUCCAGCCAAUCAGAGGAGACGAGGGUGUGGCAUCGCCGAGAGAGCAAGUGGCAGAAUGUUCACUUCCACUGCUCUGGAGCACCGGCCGCACCGCUGCAGCAGUGAACUGGUACACACACUCACUGUUACUAACACACACACUCAUUCAUUCACACGCACACCCACAGCUACACACACACCCACAGCUACACACACACACACACACACACACACACACUUCAGAGCUUGACAGUUAUUGUUUCCAGAGUUGCUGUUAAACCUAGAAUGUUUUUUUUUGAGAGAGAGAGAGAGAGAGAUAGAGAGAGACAGGAAAGGAGGAUGGAGAGAUAGAGAGAGACAGGAAAGGAGGAUGGAGAGAGAGAGAGAGAGAGAGAG